AUCAAGUACAGAAGGUUUAAAUUACAAUAAAGACAGAUAUUGGCAGAAGUUAUUUUGACGACACUGAUUGUCUUUAUUAAAUUGCUUACUAUUUUGUCUAUUAACAAACCUCUAUGCAAAUUUAUCAGAGUGGUUAAACGAUCGGUUUAAGAUAAUGAUCUCGCGUAUCAAUAUGCUGUUGGAAUGGACUUUAAAUGGUUUUUAAAGUGAUACAAACUAUCUGACAGAAGUUUGAUAGAUAGUUACAAUUGCAGAAAUUGUACUUAAAGAUACAUGAAACGAUUAGGACAUUGGUGAGCGAAACGAAAGUUGGAAUUAUAUUUCUUAUAGAUUAUUAUACAAUUAAGGAAACUACCAAUGAUUGUGAGAGACCAAGGAUAAUGUUCAAGUCUUCAGAGUUGUUGAUUUUUGCGUCGCUGGUUUCAUUUACAUUUUCUGCAACAACUACAGCUCCAGAGGCGGUAAAUACAACACCAUCAAAGACUGAUGACGGGGGUCUGCAAGGGGGAGAUAUUGCCGCUAUAUUACUUGGAUGUUUUCUGCUGGCUUUUAUCGUAUUCACUGUUGUCUUAUGCAUUCUGUAUCAAAAAGGGUACAUAGGCAAUCGAGAAGACCAGGUGCUUCCUUUUUUCCCCGACAUCUAUACUACACCGGAAAGUCUGCGACAAUACACAGAUGCGGCAAUGGAGAAUUUUUCAAAGGGCAAGAAAAGUCCUUAUGUAGAGAAAGAGCCAAUAAUAUAUAUAAACGAUGAUAUUUACCAUCCGCCCAAGUCCAGACCGUUACCGACAGACAGAUCUACGCCUGAAAAAUAUCCAGAAUUGGUCCUACCAGCCAAAAUGCCGAGGAAACAUCGUGCAAACCGAAAGUCGUCACGACGGAGACGUCAUUCUGAGAUAUGCCGCUGUUACAGACAAAUGACGUCACCGCCUUCACAAAUGACGUCACCGACUUCACCCUCGAUUGCAUCAUAUCCGGACAACGCGGUUUUCAUUCCAGAGAAAGGAGGAAUGAAGUUUACUAUGUUUUAUGAAACUCGAUCUCCCUAUGCAGAUAGGAAAUUUAUGUCAAAAACCUUUUGAAAUAGCAAUGGGAGCCAUCACAUCAUAUGUAGAUGAGCAUCUGACUCGACAUUUUUAAGUUUUAGAUUUAACAAAGUCCUUAAUGAUGUAGGAAAUACGUAUGCUUAUAUUCAAGAGUUGUUCUUUAGUGAAAUCCAAGUGAGAGAACUAAUACUACUAAAGUAAAAACAAUAACGAGGUAAACGAAUUUCUAACUUUUUAAAAGGAUGACUCUGAAAUAUGAACUUUUUAGCGUGAAGACACUCGCUUGCAUUCAAAAACAGUAUUUCAAAGCGUAUAGACAUCUGAACCGUUAUAGAUCUAACUACAUUGUUUUAUAAAUAAUUCAAUGUUUUUACCAGUGUGUUUACGUGCAUUUUUGUAUCUAGAUCUAUAAUAUUUAACACUACUAACUGCCACAUAUUGUGACAUGGACAUGUCAACAGAAAAUUAUGGCAAUAUUGCAUUUGCUUCAUGUACAUACAAGUGCUGUUUGGUUUUACUUCAAGCCGAAUGGAGACAUGCAGUCUGCCCUGGUAUUCCGAUUCAGUCUAAAAUGCAGGCCACUCUCAACGUUUUUCCUAUGGUGAAAAGACUUACUCCGACAGUCCAUCGACAAGCGUCAUAUAUUGACUUGAGCUGCUCUUUUCAAGUGAUGUCUAGUUAAUUUCCCGAAAUGUACGCAAAUAAAUAAUACUCAGAUAUGGUAUAUACAGUAGGCCCCUAUUAUAUACCGGUAACUAUCAAAAUAUAAGUAGAUCACUUUUGGCAUACUUUUGAUAAAAAGUUGUUUAUAUUUAAAGUUGUUUAUGAUUAUUAUAAAGCAAUCAUUGAAUAUGGGUAUUCUGUUGUAUUAUAUAUCAAAUAGGC